CUGCACCAAAAAAAGACAUGCACGCUGAAUAAACAUGCCAUGCAGUGGUUUUUUUCCUGAAAAUCAAAAGAAGGAAAAGCGAUGAAUGUGCCGCGUCCUCCAAACCUGCUUGGUUCUUUUCUGGAAUCAGCCGUUUUAAGUCGCUCCUCCCUCCUCGGCCGUGCCGUCCACGCGCACAUCCUCAGAACCCAUGACACCCCUCUCCCCUCCUUCCUCUGCAACCACCUCGUCAAUAUGUACUCCAAACUCGACCUUCCCAACUCAGCUCAACUCGUUCUCUCACUCACCAACCCUCGCACCGUCGUCACCUGGACCUCUCUCAUCUCCGGCUGCGUUCACAACCGUCGUUUCACCUCCGCCCUCCUCCACUUCUCUAACAUGCGCCGCGAGUGCGUCCUCCCUAAUGACUUCACGUUUCCCUGCGUCUUCAAAGCCUCGGCUUCGUUGCACAUGCCCGUCACCGGGAAACAGCUCCACGCCCUUGCCCUAAAGGGUGGCAAUAUAUUGGACGUUUUUGUCGGGUGCAGCGCCUUUGACAUGUACAGCAAAACAGGCCUUCGACCCGAGGCUCGCAACAUGUUCGAUGAAAUGCCGCACAGAAACUUGGCCACGUGGAAUGCGUAUAUGUCUAAUGCAGUUCAGGAUGGUCGGUGUUUGGAUGCAAUUGCAGCGUUUAAGAAGUUUCUUUGUGUGGAUGGAGAGCCUAAUGCAAUAACAUUUUGUGCAUUUCUCAAUGCGUGUGCUGACAUUGUGAGUUUGGAGCUUGGGCGUCAGUUACAUGGAUUUAUAGUUAGGAGCCGGUACAGGGAGGAUGUUUCUGUUUUUAAUGGACUUAUUGAUUUCUAUGGAAAAUGUGGGGAUAUUGUGUCUUCUGAAUUGGUUUUUAGUAGAAUUGGUAGUGGCAGGAGGAAUGUUGUUUCUUGGUGCUCUUUGCUUGCUGCUCUUGUGCAAAACCAUGAGGAAGAAAGGGCGUGUAUGGUUUUCCUGCAGGCGAGGAAGGAAGUUGAGCCGACGGAUUUCAUGAUAUCAAGCGUACUCAGUGCAUGUGCUGAGCUCGGGGGGCUUGAAUUGGGAAGAUCAGUUCAUGCUCUUGCUCUUAAAGCAUGUGUUGAGGAGAAUAUAUUUGUUGGGAGUGCACUUGUUGACUUGUAUGGAAAAUGUGGAAGUAUAGAGUACGCGGAGCAAGUCUUUAGAGAAAUGCCUGAGAGGAACCUAGUCACUUGGAAUGCAAUGAUAGGUGGAUAUGCACAUCUGGGUGAUGUUGACAUGGCUUUGAGUCUCUUUCAGGAGAUGACAUCGGGCAGCUGUGGCAUAGCACUGAGUUAUGUGACACUAGUUUCGGUAUUGUCAGCAUGUAGUAGGGCAGGGGCAGUGGAGAGAGGCUUGCAGAUAUUUGAAUCCAUGAGAGGGAGAUAUGGAAUUGAACCAGGUGCUGAGCAUUAUGCAUGCGUUGUGGACCUUCUUGGAAGGUCUGGUUUGGUAGAUCGUGCAUAUGAAUUUAUUAAAAGAAUGCCAAUUCUUCCAACUAUAUCUGUUUGGGGAGCUCUACUCGGGGCUUGCAAGAUGCAUGGGAAAACAAAGUUGGGGAAAAUUGCAGCAGAAAAAUUAUUUGAGCUUGAUCCUGAUGACUCUGGCAAUCAUGUAGUGUUUUCUAACAUGCUUGCAUCUGCUGGCAGAUGGGAAGAAGCCACUAUUGUCAGGAAGGAAAUGAGAGAUAUUGGUAUUAAAAAAAAUGUUGGUUAUAGUUGGGUUGCUGUAAAGAAUAGAGUCCAUGUUUUCCAAGCAAAGGAUAGUUUUCAUGAAAAGAACUCUGAAAUUCAGGCAAUGCUAGCUAAGCUGAGAGGGGAGAUGAAAAAAGCUGGGUAUGUUCCUGAUGCCAAUCUAUCGCUCUUUGAUUUAGAAGAAGAAGAAAAGGCUUCAGAAGUGUGGUACCACAGCGAGAAGAUUGCCCUAGCUUUUGGCCUCAUAACUCUCCCUCGUGGAGUGCCCAUACGUAUCACAAAAAAUCUUAGGAUCUGUAUAGAUUGUCAUAGUGCCAUUAAGUUCAUCUCAAAAAUUGUUGGAAGAGAAAUUAUUGUGAGAGAUAAUAAUCGUUUUCAUCGCUUUAAAGAUGGCUGGUGCUCUUGUAAAGAUUAUUGGUAAUAUUUCCAUACUUUCAUUAGUGGGGAGCUUAAGCAAAAAACUUUUUGAAUGCAUGAAUUAUAUUAAAAUUAA